AGGUGCCGUCACGCAUGGAGCAGAGCCCGUGAGACUCUUCUCCGAAUGGGGGCGCACCAAGGCUAAGGCCGAUCGCCACCGGUCGAAGCCUCCGAAGGAGGACGCGGGAUUCCAGUACCUGGUGGACUGGGAGGGUUACGGCCCGGAGGAGAAGAGCUGGUACCUGCUAGAGACAUUCUGGAUCACUCCCUUAUCGAUGAUUUCAAUCGACAGGUACCCGCCUGGGAACGCCAGGCGUUCCCUAGGGGGCUUCACAGGCAAGGAUAUUGCUGCCAGUAAGAUUACACCUAAAUCAACCAUUUAUUGGAUCAUCAAGAACUUCAAGGAGAGCGGUUCAAUUGUUGUGAAGAAGGUUUCAGGGCAUCCAAGAAAGUCCAGCAAGCGUCAGGACCGUCUCCUAAAGUUGAUUCAGCUGCGGGAUCGGGGCACCACCAGUACAGAGCUUGCUCAGGAAUGGCAGCAAGCAGGCCGUGUGUCUCUGGUCAGGAACACUGUUCUGAGAGUGAAGGGGCUCCUCAUGGAGGACCAGGGCCUGUACGAGUGUCGCAUCCUCCUGUUGGACAAAACCACAGACGAGACCCACAAUGGGACCUGGACCCUACUGUCUGUAACUGCUCCUCCUAUUUUCACCAAGACCCCUCCCCCUGUCCUGGAGGCUCUAGUGGGGAAUUAUCUCUCUCUAGCCUGUGUUGCUCGUGGCCACCCACCACCCACCAUAACCUGGGCUAAAGAUGGUACUCUGAUUGGAGGAGACAAAGUUGAGCUGCUGAGUGGGACGUUGUCUCUCAGAGCAGUGAGCACGGAGGCCGGAGGACGGUAUGAAUGUCUCGCCACCAACACACAGGGCAAUGUGACUCAUGUUACAAAGCUGAAGGUCAAAGGUCCUCCAGUUAUUGUUAUCCCCCCGAAUAACACGGUCCUCAACAUGACCCAGAAUGCCCUGCUGCGGUGCCAGGCCGUGGCGGAUCCCCCCAACAUGACCUAUGUGUGGCAGAGGCAGGGAGAGAACGUCCAUCACAUAGAGCCUCUAAAGUCCCGGGUGAAGAUCAUGGUGGACGGCACCCUCCUCAUCACCCGCGUCACCCCAGACGAUUCUGGGAACUACACCUGCAUGCCCACCAAUGGCCUGUUAACUCCGCCUACUGCUUCCGCCAGUCUCACUGUGAGACACCCUGCCCAGGCUCUCCUGAUGCCUCAGCAGACGUAUCUCCCCACAGGCCUGGGGGGUCUGGUCUCCUGCCCUGUGAGAGCCCAGCCCCUCUUGCUCCGUGUUGAUUGGACCAAGGAUGGACAGCCACUGGAUCUGGCCACGUACCCAGGAUGGACGCUGACGUCUGAAGGCUCGGUGUUCAUGGCAGCUGUCAAUGAUGAUGCAACAGGCGUGUACAAGUGCACCCCCUACAACAGCUUCGGGACCAUGGGCCAAUCAGGGCCCACGACAGUCAUCCUACAGGACCCCCCGUCACUCAACGUGUCUCCCCGAAAGGUGUAUCGAGAGGAGGUGGGGAGGACGCUUGUUAUCCCCUGCCAGACCACUGGAGAGCCAGCCCCUACUGUAACCUGGAGCAAGGUUGCACCUGCCACACUCUCUCAGUACUCUGUAGCAGCCAACGGCUCCCUGCUGCUGCUUCCUCUCAGUAAAGACCACCAGGGGGAGUGGGAGUGCAGUGUUACCAACCGCGUGGGAACUGUCAAAGCCAGCACUCUCAUCUCAGCGCUGGGCACCAGUCCCCAUGCUGCCACCCUGGUGUCUGUGUUUCCAGGGGUCAAGCAGGCCAAUGUGUCCUGGGAACCAGGCUUUGAUGGGGGAUACCCCCAGAAGUUCACUGUCUGGUUGAAGCAGAUGUCUGUGGGUGACAGUGGGGAGAAACAGGAGUGGCUCUCUGUUGCCGUGCCCUCCUCCUCUGGCUCCAGUCUGCAGGUGACGGGGCUGGUCCCUGACACAGAGUACCAGUUCAGUGUCCUGCCACACAACAAAGUGGGUACUGGGCCUUUCAGUGAGAUCGCCACCGUCCGAACUCUGAAUACACUCCCAGGGAGAGCGAAACUAGAACCGCCCACAUCGCUCUUAACCAAUCAGAGCUUGGCAGGUAUAGUCCUGCAAUGGUCUCCUGUGGCUCAGUUCCCGCCCAUCACUGGAUUUGUCCUCCAAUCUCGCGCAGAGCAAGGGGAGUGGUUCAAUCUAGAUGAGGACAUCAGUGCCAAUAGAACUGUGAUGAUCGUUCCAGGUCUGCGCAAGGACUCUGUGUACGAGCUGCGGCUGCUGUCCCGGCGAGGGGUGUUGCUGAGCGAGCCCAGUCCAUCAGUUAACGUCUCCAACAUGGGGAUGGAUAUGUACCCGGCCAGUUCCCGCCUCCUGGAGUUUGUACCCAAGCCGUUAUUGGCUGGAGUGAUGGGAGGCGUUGCCUUCCUGUGUUUGGCCCUCAUCCUGGUCCUGGGGACAGUGUGUAUCAUCAGUCACAAGAGGGACCAGCGACGCAGGAAGAGGAAAGAUGAUCUCCCUCCUGCCAUCUAUAAAAGCCACCCCUCAACUGGGUCAGUUGCUACCAGUCCAGACAGUGUGCUGACGCAGAAACUCCUCCAGUCCCGCUCCCACUAUCCUGGCUCCACCUCCUGCUCCUCCUCUCAGUCGGACCACUCCUCUUUCAACAGACCCAUCCGCAGUGAAUACCAUGACCAGUGCCAGCAGCUGCUCUCCUGCCCCCCACCACCUCCUCACUAUGCUCCCCACCACCACCUCCCCAGGACAGGCUCUUCUCCCACUUCCUCUCUAGAGUUCAUCUUCAGAGGCCCUGAUGGUCUCUUCAUGAUGCAGCCCUAUGACCAGGCCUCUGUCCACAUUUCCCACAACAUAAGGUCCCUGAGGAAAGACUUCCAACAAUCCACUGAGGUCCAGCGGUCAGUGUCCCCCUGUGUGAGGAGGGACCCGCCAUUGGUCCUCUCAGUGGACUUUCCCCCCUGUGGUGGAUCUAACCCCAACCCCACGACCAUGGUCCGGGCCAUGGCCAAACACCUUUCCCUCCAUGGACGAUUCUACCUGGAUGGGAAGAAAGACAGUUGUGCUGGACAUCCAGGCGAGAGUAGUCUCUACUCGGACAGUAACUCAGACAUGUACCCUCAGCCAAGCCUGGAGGAGAGCAAACAAGGAAACCUGUCACUAAAGCGGGCCGUCCAGCCUGCCAUCGCCAGCACCCUGAUGCUACAGAUGGAGCAUGAGAGGGAGACCGGCAACCUGAGCAGGUGUCUGAAGCUGGCCCGGGAGAGGGAGGAGCUGGAGAGCAAGCUACGGAAGUACACACUGGAGAGGAACGCUACUUUAGAUGGGAAGACCAAGAGACCAGGCAUAGAUGAGGAGAGUUGGAGAGAGACAGAAAAAUGUGAUCCCAUAUGGAAACGUCAGGAAAGCACCUCCCUACAAAAUCACCCCCAUCACUGUUAUCCCCAGGCCAACUGGGGGAGCUCUAGGAUGGCCAAAAGGCCCUUGUCCCCAUCUUAUUUUCACUGGGAGGCCAACCCUCUCACCUCAGCCACCAGCCUGGUCGCAGCCCUUCACACCACCUCUGAGAGGACAGUGACCCUCCACUGUGACCCUCCAGUCACUCAAUGUCCUCUCUGUCACCUGUCACACAACACCACCUCAGGGCUAAGAGAGCAGAGGGUCACUCUAAAAGGAGGGGGAGUCACCAGCCACUAGAGAGGCAAAAAGGGAA